AUGGCUCGUAUAAAUCUGUGGGGCGUGUUUUUAGGCUUGUUGGCACUGAACCAGGGAUUGAUUUCCAAGCUUAAAAACCUUUACCACUAUAGUAUCGCCUUGACUAGCAGCACAUAUUUCGUCAAGAAACUUAAGCAUAACCGUUGGAAUCGUGGGAAGGGGUACUACACUGCCACAGGACCGGUUGUGGUGGCAACCGGUCUAAAACCGGUUGCAGGACCGCAAAAGACCACAAACAUCGGUCUUCAUGGGUCCAGUCCAGGACCAUCUGCCGGGGCCAAUGUGAGGGAGGUUUGGUGUAAAUGUGAACAUUCUUUGUUGAGGGGUGUCUAUUGCUCUUUUGUUAUCAAAGCGGGCAGGAGCUCAGUCUAUGGGAUCUUCCGUAAGGUUGAAGUCACCGGCCAUGAAGUCCAUUUGGCCAAUAUCGUUUCUUUGCCAUUCUGUUUUUACCUUCUCCCAAAAGGAGGGGUGUUCACUCAUGUCAUUCGGGAGAGUGCGGCUGCGCGUCCUGGGAUUAGUAUUUUCAUUUUGGCUGAGGCGGUAUUGGCCACUCCGGCUGAACUUCCAGGGCAGUGUCUAUCUGGGCUUGGUGUUCGGUGGUUAGACCUUGAGGCGGGUCAUCAGAGGGCCUCCCAGUGGUUUGAGGUGGCCCUCCUCCUUGCCUCGGGGGGCGUGCACCGAGACCAGAAAAAAGACCGUAAUGGGGGGGGGGGGGGGGGGGACUUAGGACUGACAUGGUCUGGUCAAUCAGCAGUGGACUAUGUUUUCAUUUUCGAGGGAUAUUGA